UCAUUAUUAUUAUAGUCUCUUUUUUUUUUUUCUCGAAAACGUAAAAACUUUUGCAGGCUGUUUUUUGGUCAAGGCCAUUUUUCUUCCCCUUCCAAGAUGUCACCGCGCUGCCUUCCAUUAAUAUUAAUAUUAAUACUAUUUUUAUUUUUUAAGAAGCUCCAUUAAAAUAAUAUUUAAAUCAACAUUAUCGACUGGUUUCCACUUACCCAUUCUAUGUACUCUGUCUUUGUCUGCUCAUGGUUGCUUUCAUGUUUAUCUUCUUUUCUUUUCUGGUUUUGGCUUUAAUUUCUUCUCCACUAUUAUCUUCUUCAGCUUCUGAUACGUUAAAUGGAGGCCACUCUCUGUCCGUCGAGAAAUCACACGCCGACGUUUUAGUUUCUCCUAACGGCACUUUCUCUGCCGGUUUUCAAGCCGUUGGCGACAAUGUGUACUGCUUCGCCGUAUGGUUUAAAAACCACCCAGCUGACCCCAAUAUAUCCGAGGUGGUAUGGAUGGCGAACCGUGACGUUCCGGUCAAUGGAAAACGCUCAAAGCUGUCUCUGCUAAAAUCUGGUAAACUUGUUUUAACUGACGCUAAUAGGAUUGUUGUUUGGGCCACGGACACUUUUUCAUACUUGUCUGUUUCCUUACACCUCAACGACCUUGGUAACCUUGUCUUGACCAAUUCAGAGCAUGUUGUUCUAUGGCAAAGCUUUGAUUCACCCACAGACACCCUCCUUCCGCUUCAACCACUCACCAGGACCACUAAGCUUGUUUCGUCAAGAAGCCAGAGCAACGUCUCUUCUGGUUUCUAUACCUUUUAUUUUGACAAUAACAACCUCCUUAGCCUCCUUUUUGAUAACCAGAACAUUUCAAGUGUUUAUUGGCCAUCACCUUGGCUUGUGAGUUGGGAAGCCGGUAGAUCAACGUACAACAGUAGCAGAGUUGCAAUUCUAAAUUCCUUCGGUAAUUUUAGUUCUUCCGAUGAUUUAACGUUUUUGUCCACAGAAUAUGGUUCACUAAUGCAGAGAAGAUUGAAGGUGGACUAUGAUGGUAAUGUCCGAUUGUAUAGUCGGAAAAAAGCAGGUGAUGAAUGGAGCGUUUCAUGGCAAGCCUUUUCAGACCAUGCCAUUUGUGGGCCUAACGGUCUGUGUAGCUACGUUCCCGGUUCUGGUAAGCGGAAAUGCUCUUGCCUUCCAGGUUAUGAGAUAGUAAAUCAUACUGAUUGGUCAUUUGGCUGUCAACCCACAUUCAAAUUCGAAUCUUGCAGCAGAAGUGACUCUAAAUUUCACAGAGUUUCUAGUACAGAUUUCUAUGGAUAUGAUUAUGGCUUCUUCCCAAACAAAACUUACAAUGAGUGCGUAGAUUUAUGCUUAAAGUUGUGCAACUGCAAAGGGUUUCAAUACAAAUUUUCUUUUGAUAAAGGGUAUAAAUGUUUUCCCAAGACGUUACUACUAAAUGGUUUCCAAACCCCUAAUAUUUCUGGAGACAUAUACUUGAGGUUUCCCAUAGACUACAACAUUCCUGAGGAGAAACCCCAUGUUGAUUUUUCUUUAAAUUGCGCCAAUCAAUCAGAUCCUAGUAAUGAAGUGUUGUUGGACUGGACGUAUAACAGAAAGCGUGAGGAUCAAUGGGUCACUUUCAUGUUGUGGAUUGUCUCUGGAUUGGGAGGAUUAGAAAUUGUUUGUUUUCUUAUAGUAUGGUGCGUAUUGUUCAGAACCCAGCGAAAUGAAGCCGAAGACAUGCGAGGCUACCUUCUUGCCACAGCUGGAUUCAAAAGAUUUAGCUUUGCUGAGCUUAAGAAAGCGACCAAAGGUUUCAAAAGGGAGAUCGGAAGAGGCGCCGGAGGAAUUGUGUACAAAGGCGUGUUGUCUGAUGCUAGAGUUGCAGCAAUCAAAAGACUAGACGAAGUUAACCAAGGAGAGGCUGAAUUUCUAGCAGAGGUCAACACCAUUGGGAGGUUAAAUCAUAUGCACUUGAUAGAGAUGUGGGGUUACUGUUCAGAGGGAAAACACAAACUUUUGGUGUACGAGUACAUGGAGCUUGGUUCUUUGAAACAGAAUUUGUCUUCCGAUGUGCUUGAUUGGAAAAAGAGGUUCGAAAUUGCUGCGGGAACUGCUAAAGGCCUUGCCUACUUGCAUGAAGAGUGCUUGGAAUGGAUUUUACAUUGCGAUGUAAAGCCUCAAAACAUACUCUUGGACGCUAAUUAUCAACCAAAAGUGGCCGAUUUUGGUCUGUCUAAGCUACUUAGCAGGGGAGAGAUCAGCAAUCCAAGCGUCUCGAGGGUCAGAGGAACUAGAGGUUAUUUGGCUCCGGAGUGGGUCUCAAACCAGCCAAUCACUUCCAAAGUGGACGUCUACAGCUAUGGGAUUGUUGUGUUGGAGAUGCUGACUGGGAAAAGCCCAAUAGCCAGUGUUCAAGUUGUCAACAGCAGAGGAGAGACAGAGCAUAGAAGAUUAGUGAGUUGGGUGAGGGACAAUAUUAAGGAAACUUCUGGCUUGUGGCUUGAAAAGAUCAUAGAUCCAUCCAUGAAUGGUGAAUAUAACUUGAGAAAGAUGGAAAUGCUUGUGGAAGUAGCCCUUAAAUGCGUUAAGGAUGAUAAAGAUGCAAGGCCUACCAUGAGUCAAGUAGUUGAGAUGCUUGAAGAUCAUUAGCCACACCACAGAUCCAAGGUCCUUUUCAAGUAAUCAAAAGAUAAUUUGCGGGAAGCAUAUUUUGUUUUAGUCUUGUGAUCAUUAGUGUAAGAUCACCUUGAUGGUCUACUUGCUUAAAAUAAAGACGAAGAAAAAUGGCCACCUGUUUAUUAUUUUUAAUAUGUUGAUGAUGUAUAUGGUAUCUUGUAUUUAUUAUUAUGUUCAUAAUUUGGCUGAAAAAUUGUUCAUUAUAUA